AUGCCGCGCUGCACACAAUGGGAUGGAUGUAGUGGAGCGAAGUAUAAUCCAAGCAGCGGCACAUGUUCUCUUGCCUAUAACGACAAGCAGUUCUGUGCGAAAGAACCUGUGGUUUUGCACUACAAAGCCGAUGUAGUCACAUGGAUACAUUGUGUUAAUUGCUAUUCUGAUAAAAACUCCGCUGAAGUACCCACGGCAAUAACUCCUGCCUCACCUUCUGCAACUGCCACCACAACAGAGGGAAGUGAAGGGACUGAAGGACCACAAGGAACGGAAGGCAUAGGCAGCUCUGAACAAACCACAACAGGUCCAGAAGCUUCCGGAAGCACGCCGAUGUCAAAGAAGGAAGAGGAAGGUCCACAGAUGCCGCCACCCUCUUCUCCAUCAAAAUCUAUAUCAUCAAGUUUCCAAAAAGGUUGUCUGAUAAAGUUCCAAGCCAGACCCAUCGAAGAUCGCCCUUCAGAUCUGACUGCCCCAUUUGAGAUUGACCUCCCAGUGGAUUCGAUCGAGUUGUGCGCUACACGGUGCUAUCAGGACGGCUGUAGUGGUGCGAAAUAUGACCCUGAGAAGAAGACCUGUUCACUUGCAUACAAUGACAAACAAUUCUGUGAAAAGGGUCCUGUGGAGUUGCACUACGACGCCAAAAAUGUAACAUGGCUUCAUUGCGUCAACUGCUGUAUGUUCAUUGUUCAUAAUUGA